GUCAAGAUGGCAUGGGUAGGCGGGCUUUGUUUUCUUCUUCUCAUUGCAAGCGUGUUUGCCGCCGACGUGUGCCAAUUUCGUGUGCCCGGCGUGAAUUCCACAGGAUGCUAUCAUUUUGACUUAUCGAAGGCUGCUGGGCAGACGUACACGAUGGCUCAAAGCAAAAACUCCACGUUCAUGGUCAGCGUUUGUGGUAACGUCAAGGAGCCACCGUCUCAGUGCAAAGGCAAGCCGCCAGCUCCAGCUUAUCAAAUUUACGACGGUGCUUGUUAUGUUCUUGGACUGUUGAAUGAAACGCUAAUGUAUCCGGUUGACCCACAAGACCCUCAGCGUGGAAUAAGAAUUGUGUAUCGUGGUGGUGAAAACAGCUCUGAUGGAAUGGAUCGUGCUGUCAUUCUCGAUUUCAUCUAUUAUCCUCACGACAACGGUACCACAUUACGCUCGGUUGUAGAGUAUCCACCCUAUACAUACAGAUUCAUGUUUUCAAGUGUUGCUGUUGCUCCGACGUCCCACAGUGAGACCGAGGCGUGUCCAACUCCUGCCUAUCAGAAUAACUGGAGGAGUCUUGCGUUUCGUCCUAUUCCAUCUUGGUUUGAUAAUGUCAAGUUUGGAAUCUUCCUUCACUGGGGCGUGUUCAGCGUGCCUGCUUAUCGUAGUGAAUGGUAUUGGCACAUGUUGAUGACUGGUGAAGCAUCAGUAGUUCAGUUUCACAACAGAGUGUAUGGGUGCAGUGGCAUCAUGCCAGACAAGUUUCCGUGUACUGGACCCCCUUUCAAAUAUGCUGACUUUGCUCCUAUGUUUAAGGCUGAAUUGUUUGAUCCUGAUCACUGGGCGAGUGUUUUCAAGGCGGCAGGAGCUAAGUAUGUUGUGCUGACAUCAAAACACCAUGAAGGCUGGUGCAACUUCCCCAGUCCCCAACAUUGGAACUGGAACAGCAUGGACAUUGGUCCUUUUCGAGAUCUUGUUGGAAAUCUCACAUCAAGUGUUCGAAAAGCUGGUCUGCACAUGGGGCUUUAUCACAGUCUUAGAGAAUGGUAUAAUCCAAUAUACGAGGAGGACAAUGCUAACAACUGUUCAACGACAGCAUUUGUGGACGACAUCCUUCUACCAACUCUAAAGGACAUGGUCAUGAAGUAUCAGCCAGAGGUUAUUUGGGCAGAUGGAGCUGGUGAUGCCCCAUGUACACAUGACUCUGUCAAGUAUUGGAAAGCUCCCAACUUUAUCAGCUGGUUGUACAAUGAAAGUCCAGUCAAGGACACUGUUUUGGUCAACAGCAGAUGGGGAUCAGGUUCAGGAGGUGAUUACACAACUGGUCCUGACAGGUACACACCUGGUCAGCUGAUUCCAGAGAAAUGGGAAAGCUGCUACACAAUCCAGAAGGGGUCGUGGGGAUAUGAUCGAUCAGAGGACUUGUCUGGAUUUAUCAACGCAAGUCACUUGAUCUACCAACUUGUUACAUCCGUUGCCUUCAACGGGAAUCUGUUACUAAACAUCGGUCCCACUCAUGACGGCAGGAUCUUACCUGAAUUUGAACAGAGACUCAUGGAGAUUGGAGCAUGGCUUAAGGUAAAUGGUGAGGCCAUUUACAACUCGACUCCCUAUCGAGUGCAAUUUGAUACUAAUGCUAAACAGAUACUAUACACGUCACCGAAGGAUGAAUACGGACUGCCAGAUUGGACGACUGUAUAUGUUAUCUCGUUUGUAUGGCCACAAUCAGGUGAUCUUGUCCUUACUCAACUGAAUAGUACUGAUCACACAACAGUCGCUAUGAUGGGGUACAACGGACAGGUGAAACACAGUCAGGGGUCUGAUGGACUGCACAUUGCCUUGCCAACCCUCACACCGGACCAGCUUCCAUCCACCAUCGCCUGGGUGUUCAAGUUGGCCAACAUGCCGAUGGCAUAUUAAUUUUUUUCCAAACAUUUUUUGAACGCUGCUAAAUGGUGUUUUACAGUACAUGGUUUUGGUAUGCCACCUUUGGUUUUUUGCAUGGAGUUUAUGACUGCAUAUUUUUGGAUUUCACACUUUGAUGUCUCUGGAAUUGUAAUUCAUCGUUGCAUAUCAAACAACGUGAGCUCAGAUGUUA